AUGACAACUACUGUAACUGGCAAGGACCCAGGGGAGACCAUUCAGAAGUGGACUGCUGAGCUGAGACAUGAGAAAAGGUUUAGAUGUACCUUCCAGGUUGAGGAUGCUGAUGCAAGUAACGUCACGACCACACAAACACUCAUCACUGACCUUCUGUCUGGGAACCAUGUUGAUGAAGAGAUCCAGGUUGACCGCAGAGAUGUCCACGUUUCACAUAUAGAUCCUGGGAGCUGCCAUAAGGACACCCAUGAGAGUUUCUGGGGCGUGUAUAAAUGGCCAAUCACAGAGGUCCAGAUGACAAAAACUAUGAUCUGUGAGAAGAACCGUGGAUCAAGGGCUUCCAGGAAAUGUGAGUUAGAUGGAGUGACUGAGAAAGCCAAAUGGGCUAAGCCAAACCUGAAGGCAUGCAAGCCGGUAAUCACCAUCUCUGAUCUGGAUAAAGUCACCGUCACAGCAAACAACUCAGCAGAUGUGGUGGACAUGAUUAAGAACCUCCUGGGUGAUGAGGGGGACCUGAGUGACUCUCAGGUGGCCACCGUGGUCCAGAAGCUGGAUGAGGUUCUGUGGGUCAGCACAGUGACCCCUCAGCUCGGCGGGGAUAUUGUCAACAUCAUCGCUGACAUCCUGGUGUCCAAUUCUGACCUGUCAGCGGUCGCCAACGAAAUUCUGGGUAUCACAGACAGCAUUGGGGACCAGAUGGAUUUCCCUGAGGAGUCACUAAAUGUGACCGUCCCUUCCCUGGCCCUCUCCAUGAUCAACGUAGAUCCCGAGCAGUUCCAGGGCCUCACGUUUGGUGUCUCCUCGUUUUCGACUGGCCUUGAUCCAGAGACCUUUGUCAACCAGACAUUCCUGAGUCGGCCUUGUGAUGGCACAGUCGCGUCCAUCUCCCUUCCGCAGUCCCUUCACAACUUCUUCCCCCAGGGAAACAAAAAAAAGAGAGUUCAGUUCCACUUCUAUGGCAUACAGGAGCUUUUCAAGGACCCAGCAAUCAACUGGACGCUGAAUAGUUAUGUGGUGUCUGCCAGUGUCAACAACAGCAAUGUCAGCAACCUCAGGGAUCCCGUGGUGGUGACACUUCGUCACCUCAAGCCUAAAGAGAAAAACGACAAGGUGGAGUGUGUAUACUGGGACUUCCAGAAGAACAAUGGGAGCGGUGGAUGGGACAGCAACGGCUGUGAGACACUUCCAACCACCUCCGCUUAUCAGACCACCUGCCAAUGCUACCACCUGACCCAUUUCGGCGUGCUCCUGGAUGUGUCCAGGACUCCUAUCAGUGAGGCUGACCAGGAGAUCCUGACGGUCAUCUCUUACCUGGGCUGUGGUGUGUCCUCCAUCUUCCUGGGCAUCAGCCUACUCACCUACGUGGUCUUUGAGAAGCUGCGUAGCGACUACCCAUCUAAGAUCCUCAUCAACCAUUCUGUGGCUCUGCUGGGCCUGAACCUAGUCUUCCUGCUGGACUCCUGGCUGUCCUCCUUCGGCAGCUACGGUCUCUGCAUCAGCACGGCAGCCACGCUGCACUACUUCCUGUUAGCCUCAUUCACCUGGAUGGGCAUGGAGGCCGUCCACAUGUACUUCGCUCUGGUCAAGGUCUUCAACGUCUAUGUCCCCUUCUACAUCCACAAGUUCUGCGCCCUCGGCUGGGGCAUUCCUCUGGUGAUUGUCUGCCUGGUCCUGGCCAUAGAGAAGGAUGCCUAUGGCAGUGUUCUAUCUGAGGCCUCGCUUGACUCUCUACAGGGCUCUGAGCCAUUCUGUUGGAUACAGAGUAAUGUUUUCUUCUACGUCACGGUCGUGUCGUUCGUGCUGCUGGUCCUGGUUUUUAACGUGGUCGUGUUCAUUGUGGUUCUGGUCCAAAUUCGCCACAUGCAGACCAAUAAGCCUGCAACAACAGGAAACAAGCACUGUGCCAUGCAUGAUUUGAGAGCGGUGGCCAGUCUCACCUUCCUAUUGGGUCUCACCUGGCCAAUAGCCUUCUUUACCUGGGGACCAGCCAGGGUCCCUAUGCUCUACCUCUUCUCUGUCCUCAACAGUCUGCAAGGGUUCUUUAUCUUUGUCUUCCACUGCCUGAUGAAAGAGAAUGUGAGGAAGCAGUGGAGGAUCCAUCUGUGCUGUGGCCGAUUCAGGCUCAAUGACUACUCAGAUUGGAGCCGCUCCAUGACGAUGGGCAGCAAGACCAAGCAGAACCAGCUGGUGCAUCGCUCUCCAUCUGUCAAGUCUGUCAACACCUCCUCUAGGAAGAUCUCUGAUGACUCCACUACAGCUAGCUGUAGCUCUGGCACACCCUACCAACAGGGGGCCUAG